UCUUCCACUAUGCAGUUAAUAAACAUGGACUGAGCAGCUAUGUGCCAGACAGAGAACAUAGCAAAAUAUGUUACCUGGACUGAGUACAAAGUACUGGAAUUCGAGGUAAUUGGUAUCCGGUACACAGAAGGGACAGGAGUUGGCGAGGAGGCCUGGUGAUGAAGCCCAGCCUGAAGAAGAAUCUCAGAAGGAAAGUUGACCCUCCCUCGAUCUCCACCAUCUCGUGGGUCGGAUCUGAAGAGCUUCCAGGAGCCAGAAGCGCAGGGGCAAGUGGGCGGUAACCACCAGGCCGGAUAUGACGUAUGAGACUGCGCAGGCCAGAAAGCUUGCAGGUGGGGAAGAUGGCGGACAGCAGCGGUCGUGUGGGCAAGAGCGGCGGGAGUGGCACGGGCAAGGGGGCGGUGUCGGCGGAACAGGUAAUUGCUGGCUUUAAUCGCCUUCGGCAGGAACAGAGGGGCUUGGCAUCCAAAGCAGCUGAGCUGGAGAUGGAACUGAAUGAGCACAGCCUAGUGAUCGAUACACUGAAGGAGGUGGAUGAGACCCGCAAGUGCUACCGCAUGGUUGGAGGCGUGCUGGUAGAGCGGACUGUCAAGGAAGUGCUGCCUGCCUUGGAGGGCAACAAGGAGCAGAUACAGAAGAUCAUUGAGACACUGUCACAGCAGCUUCAGGCAAAGGGGAAAGAACUCAAUGAAUUCCGGGAAAAGCACAACAUUCGUCUUAUGGGGGAAGAUGAGAAGCCAGCAGCCAAGGAAAACUCAGAAGGGGCUGGGACUAAAUCCAGCUCAGCAGGGGUGUUGGUCUCCUAGGAACUAAGGCCUCUGCGUUUUUCUUUUUUAACCCUGAUUCCCACUUGUAAUUUCUUUUUAUUGUUUUUAUUUUUAUUUUCUCUGCUAUUGUAAUAUUUUGUUGUUGUUAUUGAUUAAAUGUUUUGGUCAAAUACUCA